AGAAGAGACGUACUGCCGUGAAGGGAGGGAUGCUUCUCAUCUCUUCGCUGUUACACACAUACUUGUAUCUUGAACUGACUUCGUUCGCCUAACGUUACCAGAGGACGGACCUUCCUGAUUGUUAACAGCUUUACUUUCAAGUCUUCGAUAAGAAUCUCACGUCUUCAAACGGCCCAAGACCCAAGACCUCUCCCUGUCUAGAUCAGAGGAACAUCGGGAACACCAGCCCAUCUGUCGUGUGUCCCUGCCAACAGAGUCUUCCUGCAGCUUGUUCUCUCCACCACCCCGAGACUACAGGAAACAUCCAGGGACAGCGGUCACCACCACCGGUGAUUUAAGGUGUGUCCUCAGGAUGGGGACCAUCCCUCUGGCCCUAACCUUAACCCUGGUCUUGUUGGCUGUCCUGGGGUUCACUACACCCAGAGUCUGGAGCCUGAACCCAGACGAUCCUAACGUCUGCAGUCACUGGGAGAGUUAUGCUGUGACGGUCCAGGAGUCCUACGCCCACCCCUUUGACCAGGUCUACUACACCAGGUGUACUGACAUCCUCAACUGGUUCAAAUGCACCAGGCACAGGAUCAGCUAUAAGACGGCCUACCGGCGGGGAGUCCGGACCAUGUACCGACGCCGCUCACAGUGUUGCCCGGGUUACUUUGAGAGGGGAGACAUGUGUGUCCCGCUCUGCUCUGAGGAGUGUACCCAUGGCAGGUGUGUGUCCCCUGAUACGUGUCAGUGUGAGCCGGGCUGGGGAGGACUGGACUGCUCUAGUGGUUGUCAGAGUGACUUCUGGGGCCCACACUGCAGUAACCGGUGCCAGUGUCAAAACGAGGGCAAGUGUAACCCCAUCACGGGGGCGUGUGUGUGUACAGACGGGUACCAGGGUUGGCGCUGCGAAGAGCCCUGCGAACCUGGGUACUAUGGCAAGGCCUGCCAUCUCAUCUGCCAGUGUCUCAACGGAGCCACCUGCCAUCAUCAGACUGGAGAGUGCAUCUGUUCUCUGGGAUACUCUGGAGCCUUCUGUGGACAGCGGUGUCCCAGUGGUAGUCAUGGACAACAGUGUGAGCAGAGCUGUUCCUGUCUGAACGGAGGAUCCUGUGACCACGCCAGUGGAGAGUGUUCCUGCCCUGCUGGAUGGACGGGCUCAGUGUGUGCCCAUCCGUGCCAAGUGGGCAAGUAUGGCAUCAACUGCAGCAAGGACUGCUCCUGCCUUAACGGUGGACUGUGUGACCAUGUCACUGGUCAGUGCCAGUGUACCCCAGGUUACAGUGGACAGAGAUGCCAGGAGGAGUGUCCGGUGGGCUGGUACGGUCCUCAGUGCAGCCUGCGUUGUGACUGUCAGAACGGUGCUAAGUGUUACCAUAUCAACGGGGCGUGUCUCUGUGACACAGGCUUUAAAGGACCUCACUGUCAGGAGAGGUUCUGUCCGCCAGGCCUGUACGGACUCAUCUGUGACAAGUACUGUCCCUGUAACGCCUCCAACACUGUCAGCUGUCACCCCUUGUCAGGGGAGUGCAGCUGUACAGCAGGAUGGGCGGGGCUCUACUGCAACGAGACCUGUCCACCUGGUUACCACGGCGAUGGAUGCAGAUUGCCGUGCAGCUGUUCCCACGGGGCCGACUGUCACGGAGUCACUGGGGCCUGCAUCUGUGCCCCUGGUUACAUGGGAGAUGACUGCUCUUCUCUAUGUCCUCCGGGGCUAUACGGUCCUAGUUGCUCCUCUACCUGCUCCUGUCAUAACCACGCCCCCUGCUCCCCCAUCGAUGGAUCCUGUAGCUGCAGAGAAGGUUGGCAGGGAGUGGACUGCUCUACUCUGUGCUCCAGUGGUAGCUGGGGUCUGGGCUGUAAUCAGAGCUGUUUGUGUGCCAACGGCGCAGCCUGUGACCCCAUUGAUGGUGUCUGUACCUGCUCCCCAGGCUGGAGAGGGGAGCAUUGCCUGCUACCCUGUCCUGAUGGAAUGUACGGUCUGGACUGUCGUGAACGUUGUGACUGUAGUCAUGGCGAUGGCUGUGACCACGUCACCGGCUUCUGUCGCUGCCUCGCUGGAUGGACAGGUAUCCGGUGUGACAGUGUGUGUCCUCAGGGGUUGUGGGGUCCAAACUGCUCCGUCACCUGCUCCUGUCAGAAUAGAGGAUCCUGCUCACCUGAGGACGGAACCUGUGUCUGUUCUCCGGGUUACAGAGGGACCUCCUGCAAGAGAGUCUGUUCUCCUGGGUUCUAUGGGCACCGCUGUAGCCAGUCAUGUCCACAGUGUGUCCACAGCUCUGGAUCGUGCCAUCAUGUGACUGGUCACUGUGACUGUCUGUCCGGCUUCUAUGGCUCCCUGUGCAACCAAGUGUGUUUCAGUGGAAGUUACGGUAAGGGCUGUUCUGAGAUCUGCUUGUGCACCAACAACGGGACCUGUAACCCCAUCGAUGGAUCCUGUCAGUGUUUCCCUGGUUGGAUAGGAGAAGACUGCUCUCACAAUUGUCCAUUAGGGUUCUAUGGUAGAGACUGUACUGAGGUGUGUCGCUGUCAGAAUGGCGGAAACUGUGAUCACAUGACAGGACAGUGUGCCUGUCUCACCGGCUUCAUUGGGACCAGCUGUGAACAGAAGUGUCUUCCUGGUACGUUUGGCUACGGCUGCCAGCAGCUGUGUGACUGUAUGAACAACGCCACCUGUGACUAUGUGACUGGAACCUGCUACUGCAGCAUCGGAUACAAAGGCAUCCGCUGUGACCAAGCUGCUCUGAUGAUGGAGGAGUUGAACCCUUACACUAAGAUCAGUCCAGCGCGGGGAGGUUCAGAGCACCAGUCAGCUGGGGCUGUGAUGGGCAUUAUCUUCCUCCUCCUCCUCAUCAUGAUGGCUAUGCUCAGCCUGUUUGUCUGGUUCCGACAGAGGCAGAAGGACAAGGGACACCACAUGCAGCCAAGUGUGGCAUAUACACCUGGCCUGAGGAUAACACACACCGACUAUUCUGAGUGUGGCAGUACGGUAGCCAUGCGUCCCUCCACCCUGGAUGUGUCCCAGACUCUAACCCAGAGUGGUAGCAGCUUGUCAGGAAGCUGUAUCUCCAACCCUUCCUAUCACACCGUGUCUGUACCUCAGUAUAGCCUGGCCUCAACUAUCACCACCAACCUGGAUAGCACGUUCACUGUCGCGUCCAGCUCCCUGAAAGGAGUCAGGAAUGGAUCAGAGUGGAGAGCCUACUGCAACCUCAACCACCUGGAGCCAACUGUUAGUGUUCUACAGGGACUUAAUGGAAUGGCCACCGGUUUCUCCCAGAAUCCCUAUGACCUUCCCCGGAGCAGCCACCUACCCAGCGGCCUCAACCUCAUCCCCCGCCACUACGACAUCCUGCCCAUGAGCCACAGCCCCGCAGACACCCCGCCCCCUCCCCCAGAGAGCCCCAGCUCCCUGCUCUAGAGGAAGGGACAUACCCUGGUCCCUCCAUCCAGCCCCUGACAUUGUUUCUGACAGCGUUUGGCCCCCCGUUUCCAUGCAUGAUGACAAUGUAGUAGUGAGGAUGCUAUUAGCGAUAGAGGGCAGGGGUUGGAGCUAGUUUACACCAUGAGGACUGAGGAGGACAGAGAGGGAUCGACUCCCCCUUUAAACCCUAAUGAGGAGAAAGAGAAAGAGUCACCGUUACAGAGACUCACACACCAGCGACAAUUCAUCUGCUGUUUCCUCCAUGACUGUCAGUGGGAAGACUCCAACUUUUCACUCUGGACCUCUGGAAUGGAUCCUACUAUUGAUUUUAAAGUGUACUAAGGUGCCAUCAUGUUCCUAUUAUUCCCAGCAUAGACGUGUGGUCAGACAAAUGGUUAGAUCAAAGUAUCCACCAAUGUGUCAGUCCAGACCUGAGCGCUCUCUCUCUGUCUCUCUCUCUCUCUCUCUCUCUCUCUGUCUCUCUCUGUCUCUCUCUCUCGCUCUCUCUCUCUCUCUCUCUCUCUCUCUCUCUCUCUCUCUCUCUCUCUCUGUCUCUCUCUCUCUCUCUCUGUCUCUCUCUGUCUCUCUCUGUCUCUCUCUGUCUCUCUCUCUCUCUCUCUGUCUCUCUCUCUCUCUCUCUCUCUCUCUCUCUCUCUCUCUCUCUCUCUCUCUCUCUCUCUCUCUCUCUCUCUCUCUCUCUCUCUCUCUCUCUCUCUGUCUCUCUCUCUCUCUGUGGUGUGACUGAGAGACAUGAUGACUCCUGCAGUCAUUCAGACCAGACCUGAGCGCUCUCUCUCUCUCUCUCUCUCUCUCUCUCUCUCUCUCUCUCUCUCUCUCUCUCUGUGGUGUGACUGAGAGACAUGAUGACUCCUACAGUCAUUCAGACCAGACCUGAGCGCUCUCUCUCUCUGUCUCUCUCUCUCUCUGUGGUGUGACUGAGAGACAUGAUGACUCCUGCAGUCAUUCAGACCAGACCUGAGCGCUCUCUCUCUCUCUCUCUCUCUCUCUCUCUCUCUCUGUCUCUCUCUCUCUCUGUGGUGUGACUGAGAGACAUGAUGACUCCUGCAGUCAUUCAGACCAGACCUGAGCGCUCUCUCUCUCUCUCUCUCUCUCUCUCUCUCUCUCUCUCUCUCUCUCUCUCUGUGGUGUGACUGAGAGACAUGAUGACUCCUGCAGUCAUUCAGACCAGACCUGAGCGCUCUUUCUCUCUCUGUCUCUCUGCCUCUCUCUCUCUCUCUCUCUCUCUCUCUCUCUCUCUCUCUCUCUCUCUCUCUCUCUCUCUGUGGUGUGACUGAGAGACAUGAUGACUCCUACAGUCAUUCAGACCAGAGCGCUCUCUCUGUCUCUCUGUGGUGUGACUGAGAGACAUGAUGACUCCUACAGUCAUUCAGACCAGACCUGAGCGCUCUCUCUCUCUCUCUCUCUGUGGUGUGACUGAGAGACAUGAUGACUCCUGCAGUCAUUCAGACCAGACCUGAGCUCUCUCUCUCUCUCUCUCUCUCUCUCUCUCUCUCUCUCUCUCUCUCUCUCUCUCUGUGGUGUGACUGAGAGACAUGAUGACUCCUACAGUCAUUCAGACCAGACCUGAGCACUCUCUCUCUCUCUCUCUCUGUCGCUCUGUGGUGUGACUGAGAGACAUGAUGACUCCUGCAGUCAUUCAGACCAGACCUGAGCGCUCUUUCUCUCUCUGUCUCUCUGUCUCUCUCUCUCUCUCUCUGUGGUGUGACUGAGAGACAUGAUGACUCCUGCAGUCAUUCAGACACCCAGGAACUCACCAGUGACCGUACUUCUGGGUAGACAGAGAGAUUCCCAGGGAGAUGACUAAGUACCACCUGCACAAGUAUCCCAUUCAUUAGGAUCCCAAGCCCCAAACUGAUAAAGCAUGGUUAAAUAGUAAGAUAAUAUAGUCAUGGUUUCCUGAUCAGUGAUGUAAAACGAUGAUCAAUAUAAAUUAUUGACCAGACUACAGUUGUUUACUAUGUGAAAGCAUUUCUUCCUUUCAAAAUCACGUGUCCGUUUACAUUUGGUGACCACUGAUUAAGUGAUAUUUUGUAUUUAUUAUAAUGUUAAGACUUAUUUAUUUAUUGUUUACACUAGUAAUAAACAAAACAACAACAAAAAAAGUGAGCAUGAUCAAUGUAAAUAAUAACAGGAUUUAUCAGGUGCGAUCUGUGUCAUGUGUACAACGUUAUGAAAUUGUACUAGCCUGAUUUACCCGUCUGUUUUGUGCUAACAUUCGACUCCUUGUCAUGUCAAACAUGACACAGAGUAAAAGGGAGUGGAAUGUUAGCACAAAACAGGUUAUGGAUUUCAGGCUAUAACUGUGCUCUGGAGAUGCAGUUUCCGGAUGAAAGCUAUUCCUGAAUGUGAAACUGAAACCAGGCUAAAAGCUUUACUGUAGCCUCACUAAGGAACCAAACAGAAGCAAACUAAAACAAAAAGGGAGGGACCUACCUAAAUUUGUCCAAUAGAAACUCCUGAUCGAGUUCCAAUGAAACAAGAAGUAUCAUGGUUUUCAGGCUUCUUCUCUGCUUUUUCCCCUGAAAAUCGGACGCUUCCGUUUGUUUCUGCUUGGUAAAACCCCAUUGAAGGGGGUAAAGCGUUUUCCAUUUCGGGAAAAAGUUUUGAAACUGGUUUGCUACGGUGUGCGCUAAUGAUUACACCCCUUGGUGAGAACUUGAAGUGAAGUGAAACAGCAAUGAAAUGUAUGAACAUGAGCCAGACAAACUAGGCCUUAAACAAUAUGAUGAUUGCAUUGGGAAUGAUGUGUAAAUGAAAAAAAUAUAUAUAUUUAGAAUUUUGUUUUGUGGUGAUAAUACUUUACUUUUAUCUAAUUUGAUGGAACCUUAUAGAUCUUUUAGUUUUUCGGAAGUUAUCUGAUCGGAUUUCGGGGCAAUCGGAUAGAAUUAAACGCAUAGAAAUAGAAUGAAUAGAACAGCCGUAUCGUUGACCUGAAUGGGGACGCAUCGCUCUAUUCGUUAUAUUUCUAUGCAUUUAACCCUAUCCGAUCAGAUCACCUUUGGAAAAACUGGGUGCCUGCUGUCCACUGUACAGCACCAGCUAAAAGGGUAGACCAGAGAUCACAUACAUGGAUCAGCGAGGGAACGACAUCCACAUUAAUUUUUAAUAAAGACAAUAUUUUGCCCAAAUAUCCUAGGAUUAUAUAAAGGGAUCUUCGUUGUGGUAUAUGAUGUAUGUUAGAUAUCCAUCUGAAAGCAGGAAGCUGGAGCAGAAUUUAACAUACAUGGAUCAGCGAGGGAACGACAUCCACAUUCAUUUUUAAUAAAGACAAUAUUGUCCUAGGAUUAUAUAAUGGGAUCUUCGUUGUGAUGAUGAUGAUGAUGAUGAAAGGGGAGCAGAAUCUAACACAGGAUCAUUGAUCAGGGUGAAAUGUUCAGAAACACUGGGCCCUGAUGAUGAUUCCCUUUGUAGUGUUCAACCAGGGCCCAUAGGGCUACAUAGUAGUGCACUAAAUAGGACAUAGGGAGCUAUUUGGGACUCAAACAGACAUCAUUUUAGUAAUGGGACAGUAUGUCAUUAUCGCCAGCAAGUAUGGUGUUCAUUAAUAGGACAUUGUGUCAUUAUCUCCAGGCAGUGUGUUGAUCAGUAAUAGGAUAUUGUCAUUAUCGCCAGGCAGUGUAUUGAUCAGUAAUAGGACAUUGUGUCAUUAUCUCCAGCUACUGUUGUUCAGUAAUAGGAUAUUAUGGCAUUAUCUCCAGCUAGUAUGUUGAUCAGUAAUAGAACAAUGUGUCAUUAUCUCCAGCUAGUAUGUUGAUCAGUAAUAGAACGAUGUGUCAUUAUCUCCAGCUAGUAUGUUGAUCAUUAAUAGGACAUUGUGUCAUUAUCUCCAGCUAGUAUGUUGAUCAGUAAUAGAACAAUGUGUCAUUAUCUCCAGGCAGUAUGUUGAUCAGUAAUAGAACGAUGUGUCAUUAUCUCCAGCUAGUAUGUUGAUCAUUAAUAGGACAUUGUGUCAUUAUCUCCAGGCAGUGUGUUGAUCAGUAAUAGGAUAUUGUCAUUAUCGCCAGGCAGUGUAUUGAUCAGUAAUAGGACAUUGUGUCAUUAUCUCCAGCUACUGUUGUUCAGUAAUAGGAUAUUAUGGCAUUAUCUCCAGCUAGUAUGUUGAUCAGUAAUAGAACAAUGUGUCAUUAUCUCCAGCUAGUAUGUUGAUCAGUAAUAGAACGAUGUGUCAUUAUCUCCAGCUAGUAUGUUGAUCAUUAAUAGGACAUUGUGUCAUUAUCUCCAGCUAGUAUGUUGAUCAGUAAUAGAACAAUGUGUCAUUAUCUCCAGGCAGUAUGUUGAUCAGUAAUAGAACGAUGUGUCAUUAUCUCCAGCUAGUAUGUUGAUCAUUAAUAGGACAUUGUGUCAUUAUCUCCAGCCAGAUGUUGAUAAUAUUAUGACUGACUUUAUUCUUAAAUCGAAGGUUCACUUUACAUUACUGUUAUCUACAUGCUACUUGAUGUUUUAGAAUAUAAAUGACUAAUUAAAACGCUCAGAUAAUAUAUUCACCAUAGACGUGUUGCCUAGUUCCUAAAACCAUUUAAAUAACAUACUGGACAUUUUUAUUCUGGGGUAUCAGAUUGAGACUAACAGGUUUCCAUCCAAUUGGCGACAUGUUUUUGAGGAGCCUGCAUUUUCCCACCAUUGGUGUGUUUCCACCAAACAGACUUGUUGUAGAUAAAGAUCAUCCGUGUGUGACGAUGCACAAAAUGUCAUUUUUUGGUUUAAGUUUUCAUGUACUGAAUAAAAAUCUAGUGUUUUAACU